GACGUGCUUAGCUACGGGUCUUAUCGAUGCAUUUUCUCACAUGUAUUAUCUUGAUGAACCCAUCCGACUAUUGCGAAUUGACAAGCUGCCGAUAAGGUCUAGUUGCUAAUUUACUUCCACGAGAACUCCCCGCACAACCACCUUACGAUCUGGACAGUCUACGACCAUUUACGAACCGGGGCAUCUUCACGUCCUAUCACCAUGGGAAAAUUCAGAAUUCUUAGCGAUGCCGCUGUGCUCGAUAUCCUGCUUAACCUCCCGAAAGUCGAGAUCCUCCAACUCCGAGAUCGGCUGGUAGGAGCGUUGGUCGAACUCUCCAAGGGCACAGAGCGGGACCAUCAGCCCGAUGCAUCAAUCGUAAACAGACCCGAGGGCACAAAGUGCCUCUUCAGACCCUUCAGCUCCGCUAGCGCUUUCGGAACCAAGAUCGUCGUCACCCCCGCGCCCUCAUCACCGGCAGCCAACAGCUUGCACGGCAUCAUUUCCAUUUGCGACCAGGACGGCCUGCCCCUGGGCGUCAUCAAUGCGGAAGAAGUCACAGGAUACCGCACGGCGCUCUCUGCCAUUGUGCCGUACUUGUGGCGGCGCCAUACCGACAACAUCGUGGUGUUUGGCGCUGGCAAGCAGGCGUUGUGGCAUCUCCGUUUCGCACUUUCGCUGAGGGGUGAGGAGAUCAAGUCCAUCACCGUGGUGAAUCGAUCUACGGAGCGGGCGCAGCAGCUUAUUUCGAGGUUGAAGGAAGAGAACCAAGCCCGUUGGAAAUCUACUGCCAAUUUUGAGUAUCUCGGCUCUUCUAGCUCCGAUUAUGACGCUGAACUCCAGUAUCGUCUUGCCGUUGCAGACGCCAUUUUCUGUACUGUCGGCACCAAGAGCCCAGUGUUUCCUGCACACUAUGUCACGAACGGGAGAAAGGAAAGAAGCCCCUACAUUUCUGCCGUCGGGUCUUGGCAGGCGGACAUGUUGGAAGUAGACCCGGAAUUGCUGGUCCAGGCGACCAGUGCCGCUGGUGGGACACUGCGCGGGCAAGGUUCAAAGGUCGCAGUGCUGGUUGACGACCGCGAAAAUGCACUCAAGCAUUCUGGCGAGAUCAUUCAGAGUAAAGUCGCGGCGGAGUGCAUAGUAGAGAUUGGGGAGAUAGAGAUUUCACGGGAACAAGGAGACAAGCUGGAAUCACUAUCGACACUGGAGGAUGGAUUGAUCAUCUACAAGAGUAUCGGUGUAAGUAUGACCGACCUGGCCAUUGGAACGGCUAUCUUAGACAUGGCGGAGAAGAAGGGGGCAGGUACUGUGAUCUCGGAGUUUUGAUCGACGGCUAGUAGUUAGUCACUAAUAGACAACAUAGCAAGUUGGGCGAUCCGACAAUCCAAGUCAACCCAAACACAGGAACUCAUAGUAGUAACUGUCUCUCCAUGUGGCCUUGCCUUCUGUCGUUCCUCAUUACAUAUGACCAAAUCUGGACCAUGUAAGUUUUGAGGUAAUCAUGUCUUGGGUUGAAUACUCGUCCGAGGGUGCUUUCCGUCCCAAUUUUUUAGGCCUUUACUGGCAACAUAUGUGCCCUGGCUUCCCCGCGAUUUUGAAAAC